CCGUGGUGCGAGGUGGGCUCAGCUCAUUCAGUGGGAUCGUUGAGCUGCGGUGCUCCCUCGGAUUUUACAGAGAAAAUCCCUCCGUGUCGGUGUUUGAAUCCGCUCCUGUCCUGGACCACUGCGCGCCCCGUGGCCCUACGUCUCCGAAGCGGAUGCGACAAGACCCUGCCAGGGGACAAGACCAAAAACUUUUCAUCACCGCAGUUUGCAACAAAGUGCCAACAGUAUGCCUAAACAAGUGGAGGUGAGGAUGCACGAGAGUCACCUGGAGCCCAUUGAGGCCAGGCCUCAAUCCAAAUGUGCCAGAAUGUGCUCCAAGCUGUUUUCGAACCUGCUGCUCACACUCACCGUCCUCGGUGUGAUCUUGGGAGCUGUAUCAGGAUGUUUGCUGCGUGUGGCCUCCCCGAUUCACCCAGAUAUCAUCAUGGUGAUCGCUUUUCCUGGAGACAUCCUGAUGAGGAUGCUGAAGAUGUUGAUCCUGCCACUUAUCAUCUCCAGUUUAAUCACAGGUCUUGCCGGUUUGGACGCCAAAUCCAGCGGUCGCCUGGGCACCAGAGCAAUGGUCUACUACAUGUCCACCACCAUUAUUGCUGCUGUCCUGGGAGUCAUCCUGGUGUUGCUCAUCCACCCUGGCAAUCCCAAACUGAAGGAGAAUCUGGGCCAGGGCGAGAAGAAUGAUGAUGUCUCAAGCUUGGAUGCCUUCUUUGAUCUGAUCAGGAACCUGUUCCCAGAGAACCUGGUGCAGGCUUGUUUCCAACAGGUCGCGACGGUCACAAAGAAGACUGAGAUAAUAAUUGAGGAGAACCUCAACGCUACCACCAUGGAGGGACUGGUGGCCAACAUCACCAGGGAGCCUGAGAUCCUCAUCCAGAAGACCCUGCAGUUCAAAAGUGGCAUGAAUGUCCUGGGUCUGAUUGGUUUCUUUAUUGCAUUUGGCAUCUGCAUGGGCAAGAUGGGAGAGAAGGCCAGACUCAUGCUUGAAUUCUUCAGCAUCCUCAAUGAGAUUGUGAUGAAACUUGUCAUCCUGAUCAUGUGGUACUCUCCCUUCGGUAUUGCCUGUCUGAUCUGUGGUAAGAUCAUCUCCAUCAAGGAUCUGGAGGUGGUGGGAAGGCAACUGGGCAUGUACAUGGUGACUGUAAUCAUCGGCCUCAUCAUUCAUGGAGCAAUCUUCCUGCCCAGCAUCUACUUCUUUAUCGUCAGGAAAAACCCCUUCACCUUCUUCCUGGGUAUCUUCCAGGCCUGGAUCACUGCUCUGGGUACAGCAUCUAGUGCUGGAACCCUGCCCGUCACCUUCCGUUGUCUGGAGGAGAACUUGGGUAUUGACAAAAGAGUCACUCGUUUUGUGCUCCCAGUCGGUGCAACCAUUAACAUGGAUGGAACUGCUCUGUACGAGGCUGUGGCUGCCAUCUUCAUUGCCCAAAUGAAUGGUAUCUACCUUGACCCGGGCCAGAUUAUCACUGUCAGUCUGACAGCCACCCUGGCCAGUGUAGGAGCAGCCAGUAUUCCCAGUGCUGGCCUGGUGACUAUGCUGCUGAUCCUGACUGCUGUCGGCCUGCCAACGGAAGACAUCAGUCUGCUGGUUGCUGUUGACUGGCUGCUGGAUCGAUUCAGGACCUCGGUGAACGUGGUUGGUGACUCCUACGGUGCAGGCAUCGUGUACCACCUGUCCAAGUUAGAGCUCGACGAGCUGGAUGCAAACGCGGCUAAGUCAGACGACAUCGAAAUGAUGACGAAGACCCCGUCUUACUACGACGACAUGAAGAACCACCACGAAAACAAUUCCAACCAGUGCGUCCUUACCGCUACCGCUACAACCGCUUCCACUACUGCUAACAAUUCUGUCGUAGUAGAUGAAUGCAAGGUAACCUCAGCCACUAACGGCUCUGCUGCGGAGUGCACGCUUGUUGAGGAGGAACCAUGGAAACAUGAAUAAUGGCAGCACAGAGAUCCCCUGCUCCUGGGCUCCACAAGCUUUCCUACCUGCUGAUAAAAAAAAAAAAUGAGUGAAUGAAAAAAAAAAGUCACACGAACAGAACGACUAAUUGUUUUGUUUUUUAAAUGUAGUUUAGUUUUUCUUUUCUUUUCUUUUCAUUAGUCCCUUUAAAGGUUUUUGUAACUGUCUACCUGACUGAUAUAUAAUACUAUAAUUCACUUAACCGUGAAAAGGAUAACAGAGGUAUACUUUACCUGUUAGAGCACAAUUUUGUCCUUUAUAGCAGAUACUUGCACAACAUACUUCAAGGCUGGGGGGGAGGGAAGGAAGAGAAAUAAAAAUGUUAUUGUCAGCAAUACAUCCUGGUUUUUACAUGACGAAGUGAGAGAAGAAGUGGCUGUAGAACACGGGAUGCCUUUAGAUCAUCUUCCAUGUUUCUUACGGGGGAUUAAUUCUUCUAACGCAGGACGGCAAGGGUUAGAGCGUUAAUCAUGGCGUCCAGCGCAGUUUCUUUCUCGCUUUGCAUCCCUGUCCGGUUCACGUACUGGCAGAAGGCCGCUGCUUUUCAUUCCCAGCCCAGUCUCUCAUCUUAAGACCAAUCGCGUAACUGCCCCAUAUUACCCACAAUUCCUGAGGUGCAGCAAACUGAUGGACAGGCAGGAGGUAGUGAAAACCAAUGCUGAGCCUCAUACACUUACAAGCACAGUCACUUAUAAAGCACAAAUAAUAAUAUAAUAGAGACCAUUUUUAACUCCCUUUUUGUUUUCCUUCUUUUUAGCCUACUGUGAAGAAAAAGGGACUUUUUUAUUCUUUAAGUCACUUGUUCAGAGAUAUAACACCUGUUUGUGUGUGUGCGUGUUUGUAUGUGUGUGUGUGGUGGAGAGAGGGAGAGAGCGAGAGAGAACAUGACCAAGUCAAGUAUUGGGACCAAACCGGCAGAAAAUCAAUCAACUCACAGAGGCCUUCGAGCUGCCUCCAUGACACAACACACCUUUCAGUUUCAUGACUGACGCAGACAGCGGCAGCUUCACUUUUUAACAGCGACAGCUCAACAACUUAAUGCAAAGAAAAGCACAACCCUAAAUACAGAUCUUUAUACAAGACUUCCUCUAUUGUGACGCCAGUGAAAUUAAAAUUAAAUUAGUGUCAACGUGAUUAUGACGAGAGCAAAUCAGGUUAUUAUGUAAUUGACAUAUCGGAAAAUAAAAUGAAGCACAAACCGAGGAUUUUUAAAGAGCACAAACGAAGCGAACAGAGCACAAACGAAUCCAAAACGCCAAUGAGGAUAAUUAUCAGUUAGCGAUAAAAUCAAAAGUCACACACAUUAUCGUUCCAUGUCAACACUGAUCGCAUUCCAAGUAAAAUAAGAAGAAGAUAAAUAAAGGAGAGAAAAAGACACUCAGGCUUGUAUGUUUACUGUUUUACAGGGAAUCAAAUGAUAAAAUGUUUACGGGCUCACUACUUGAGCUUUUCACCUCAAGAAAAAAAGCCACAAGCAGCACAUCCAUGGAAAGCUUUGCUUUCCAUGUUGAAAGAGAAAAAUUGUUAUAAAAUGACAGGAAGGGAUGUUUCCCCAGCACAUACAAUAAAACCGCACACACACACAGAUUUCAGGCUAAAUCCAGUGUUGAAUAAAUUAAAAGCACAGACUAUUGACGACUGACAGAGUAUAAAGGGUGAACCAUCGGAAAUAGAAGAAAUAUGGCACACAGAUAAUUGGAGAAGGUUUCCAACUCCUCAUUUAGCCAGACCGUAAAAAAAGUGAAAUAAUCCAUUCAGCCACCAGAGCUCAAGACUGUUCCUACAAACCCUACAUGCUGCAGCUGUGUGUCCAUACAGGCGAGAAGACAGUUCAAUGGACACACUCAGUAACACACAUAAUGCCAGAACGUUGCCAACUAUCAGGUAAUAUCACACAUUUUCCUCUCAUUCAACCACAUGGCUUAAGUAAAGAAAUCUGCAAACAUAAAAAAAACAAAGCUGGACUACCGGCUCUUUUUUUUUAGCUUGUGUGAGUGAGAGGUGAGACUCCUGUGACGUGGAUUCGAUUUUAUAUUUUAUAUGUGUCCGUCUCUCCUGUCUUUGUGCUUCACGGUGAACUCGCCUCGACGGUGUUCGCUUCAGACAAAC